UGGCGCCCUCCAAAACAAGGCGCAGAGCGGUUGUUCCACUAUAUGGAAGCAUCAGAUGGUUCUGAUCCUGACGAUCAACAACAUUACACAACCAGUCGACUUCAACCUAUGAUGCAGACCAUCAGCCAGGAUUUUCAUAAGGCGGGAGGUAUGCAAUGGAUGACAUCGAAGUACAACAAUAACAACUACAACAGCGGCGCGUACGGUAUAUCUCCCGGUAAACGACAGCGUAACAAUAGUGAAAAUAAAGUCGGCAACAAAGAAAAUAUAAACGAUGCCACGUUUACAACGAUUUUAAUUGGAGCUUCUACAAUAACACAGCCGUUCUAUGAACCUCCAGAUAAAAUCACAAAAAUCGCAACUACCCCUAUAUUUAAAACUGGUGAUGAAAACGAUCGAUCACCUGUUAAAUCUCCAGAGGUGUUGAAUUUGAAAAUCAAUCGCGAAGAUGAAACUAUGAUUCAGGAUGAAGUGGAAAGUGAUUUAGUUGCAGAUGAAGAAAGCCGCCAAGAAAUAAGUUCGAAUAAGUUAGAAAAAACUGACAAUAAGAGAAGUCGAAAACAAAAGCAGCCUUGCAAAGUUGCCCAUAAAGUAACACUAACUUCAAUUCGAGACGAAUUCUUAACAAAACAUAUUUCUAGAAAAUCUUUAGUUUGUACUUUGUGUCCAAAGAGUGAUUAUGCUUAUCAUACCAAAUUGUCACUGGAGAUUCAUAUGAGUUUAAGGCAUAGUAGUGCAAUCAUUCCAUGCUCGUAUUGUUUGAAGGAAUUUGAUUACGAUCAUCUAAUUAAAUCACAUAAGAGGAAUUGCAAAGACCUACAUAGUGCUAAAACAAAUAACAGUGCCUCAGUUACAAGACCAAAAACCACAAUAGACCAGAAUGUACCUGAUUUCUGAUUAAAUUUUGCAUUUUUAUUAAAUAUAUACGAGUCUUUUCCUAUAUAUAUUUAUUUUAGUCAAGUGAUAAAUUUGCAUUUUAAUGCAAAUAAUGAAAAGAAUGAUUGAUUAUCUACGAAAUCACAAA